AUGCCUCAAGCAGUGACAGCAAAUGUGUCUGACCAAAAAACCCGCGGCAGGCUUCGCGACGUUAUACCAGAAGCAUAUCUUGGUUCUUAUACACCUGGUCCUAAAAACGGUAUUACAGACGUACCUGGAGUCCUUGCCCACACAACCACUAUCCGCGAUGAGAGUGGGCAGAUCAACACGGGAUUAACGACUAUCCUCCCUCGGAAAGACUGGUUUCAUAAAGCCUGUCAUGCUGGCGUCUUCCGCCUCAAUGGAUCGGGAGAAAUGACUGGAACGCACUGGAUCGAAGAAAGCGGUCUUCUUCAUUCACCCAUUCUCAUAACCAAUAGUUUUGCCGUAGGGCCAUGCUAUACCGGCAUCUACAAAUACGCCAUUAAGCAUUAUGGACAAGGCAAAGAGGGCGUUGAUUGGUUCCUGCUGCCAGUCGUCGCUGAGACGUUUGACGGGCACCUCAACGACCUAAGACAGUUUGCGGUGACCCCGGAACACGUUGUGGAUGGUAUUACCAAUGCUUCCGAGGAGCCGAUUGCCGAGGGGAACGCGGGCGGUGGGACAGGUAUGUUGUGCCAAGGGUGGAAAGGCGGCACUGGAACCAGCAGUAGAAUCGUGGCUGGGGAGAAUGAUACAUCGUACACUGUUGCCGCACUUGUCCAGGCCAAUUACGGGAGACUCCAGCAUCUACACAUAUCGGGCGUCCCAGUUGGACGGAUUCUACAAAAGAGAAACGCAACUAACUCAGCCGCCGCUGCGCAUGACAAAGAGUACGACGAGGCAAAGGACAAGAAGGAUGGGUCCAUCAUCGUCAUCAUCGCCACAGAUGCGCCGCUUCUUCCUGGUCAGCUCCAGCGUUUGGCUAAGCGAGCGACCAUGGGCCUUGCACGUGUGGGUAGUUAUGCUCACAACCCCUCUGGAGAUCUCUUUCUCGCGUUUUCUACAGCGGCAGAGAUACCCGUGCAAACAGUCACCGGUCAACACAGGGAAGUUGAUCCGUUCAAGCCCGGCCUCAUCAACGUGGAAGCGACCGAUAACCAAACUAUCAAUGGUCUCUUUGAAGCAACAGCAGAUGCUACAGAAGAGGCUAUAUACAACGCACUUUGUAUGGCUGAGACAAUGACGGGCAAUAUGGGACGCACAGUAGAAGCGCUGCCUUUGGAAGCCACUAGGGAAAUUAUAGCCAGAUUCAAGGAAGCCGAGGAUUCGUUCUUGUAA